CACACCAAACACCACUUCAAAACAUAGAUUUCAGUAAAGAAGAUAAACCACAUGCCAGCUAAUGUCUCUAUCUCAAGACCAAGAAACACCGACCAAAUACCUCAAGCCCAAGCACUACUAGUCCACUACUACCCCCACCCCCUACCCCCGGUGGGCCCAGUGGCAACUUUAUUUAAUCAAGCUUUUAAUUUGUGGAUUUGAAGAAGAAACAAUGGAAAAGUAAUUUCAAUCUUUCAAGCUUAUAAAAAAAAAAAUUUUCAAUCUUUCAAGCUGUAAUUUGAGAACCACUAACCCCACAUGUCAACAUCAUUCUACACAAAUGUAUAUUCUGUAUAUAUAAAAGCACCAACACAAACACUAAAUCAAAAAAAGAUUUAUUGAGAGCUUUACAGAACAAAACUGGUCGUUACUUCCAUUUAAAAAAUAUCAAGAUCAAUUUUUUAAUUUUUUUUCCCAGGCAAAGAUCAUUCCUUUUUCUGUUAAAGAAGUGAAUACAUUUGGAUUGAUUGAUGGGUUCUGUUUGUUUCUGAAUUCUUGAAAAUGGGUUCAUCAGAAAAGUUAUCUAACAGGGGUAGAGAAAUUCAUCAGAUUCUUGGAGGAGGUCUUGCAGUUGCAGAUGUGAUACUAUGGAGACAGAAGAAUCUAACAGUGGGGAUUUUAGUUGUAGCUUUGGCUGUUUGGGUUGUAUUUGAGAUAUCUGGUUAUACUCUUUUAUCACUAUUCUCAAGUGUGUUCUUUCUCCUCUUCACAAUUCUUUUUCUAUGGGCAAAAUCAGCAGCAAUUUUGAACAGACCGGCUCCACCUUUACCGCAUUUCCAUCUCUCAGAAGAAACCGUGAACGAAGCAGCAAAUACAAUUCGCGGUCAUAUAAACGUAGUGCUGUCUGUAUCGGAGGAUAUUGCCCAUGGAAGGGACUCGAGAAUGUUUGUAAAAGUGGCUAUUAGUCUUUUGAUGAUUUCCGUAAUCGGGAGCCUAACCGAUUUCUUCACCUUGUGCUAUACUUGCCUUGUUAUCGUUCUUACAGUUCCAGCACUUUGUGAAAGAUACAAAGAUUGUAUUUGUCGAUAUGGUCAAGUUUGGCACAGGAAACUUCAGCACGUAUAUGUAAGAUUUGAUGAAGAAUGUGUCACAAAGGUUCAUAAAUGGAUUUUGGAGACGAAGAAAUUGAAUUGACGAGUGAUAAAAUAUUCGUAGAUGGAUUUUGGAGACGAAGAUUUGAUCCGAUUACUCAUUUUUUGGCUCCCUUUUCGCUUUGAUUGCGGUUUGAUUUUUGAUGGAACAAAGGCUGCUCAUUAUUCUGCUGCCUUUGCCAGUGCCAAAAGCAAUAUUUAAUCUGCAGUAGAACUCUUGAGACGGAUAAAAUGGCAUUUUCUUGUAAUAAUAUAUGUUACAAACCUAAUAUAAUGUACUCAGAUGUUUUAGACAACAUAAU